AUGCGGCAAAGAGCUUACAUCACCAAUGCAUUGCGGAGACUUGUCGCCUCUCCAGGUCCGUCGACAGGUUCCAACCUUGGAGUCGUCGCUCCGUGCUUGCGGCUCUUGCGGUCAAAGUGGCUGACCUUCGAUCUCCAUCUCUCCGUCGUUACGAUUGCGUUUCUCAUUCGCGCCGCAGUCCUCGAUACCUCCACCUUCUUCCCUUCUUCUUCUUCUUCUUCUGUUUCGUCGAGACAAGUGGAUGUGCAGGCAUCUCGGCUUCUGCGACUCUUGGACGGUGAGAGCAGCAAGGCUGCCUGGGCAGUGCUGCCUCUUCUCUCGCAGGGAGCGUCGAAGCCUGAGAGACCCGCCGCUCCCGGGGAGUGUCUUCUGCAGAGUCCCCACAGGUCUGCCGACUCCUCGAUGUCUCUUCCGCCGCCGCGCCGGACCGUUGCGCCUGCUCAGCUGGCCGCAGGAGCCCAGGCGCAUCCCCAUGCGCAUUUGCUGCAUGCGCAGGUCCGAGAUCCGAGGGGUGAUGGAGGCUCCGCAGGCGCAGCCGGGACUCGGGUGGAGACGCACCUGGAAGACCUUCAGGAAGGUUCGCCGUUCCUCGUCGCCGUUGCAGGAGGCACUGGCCAGACGCCUGUUGAGUUCGGCCCAGUUCCUGCCUCUCCUGUCUUCCAGGAACUGUACAGAAAUCCGAUUUUCCUGCAGGUGCGUGCAGCUGCAUGCGCGGGAUUGCGUAGACUGGCUCGCGAGAGUCGCGGAAGCGACUUUCUCGGAGAAGCGGAGACUUGCGCCGAAGUCAGAAAGGAGCGCUUUGCCUCCCGUUGGCCUUCCCAUGUCGCGGAGGCGUCGUCGCUGCGCUCUGCGAAUGGCGUUUCGACAGAAGAAGCGAAAGGUUCUUCUUCAACUUCGUCGCCGGAGACCCACCCGCGAGAGGGCCGCCAGCUCCCCUGGCGCCCGACUGUGUCCUGGUACGCGUUUAGCCACGAGCCUGCUGUCUGUCGCCUGGCUGAGGAACUGUUCUCUGCUUUCGGGAAGGCAGCAUUCGUCGACUUGGAUCUCUUCAACGCAAUUGUCGACGUCCUGACUCCGGACUGGCUCGUUUCUGAAGUCCAUCCUCAUGAGCGAACAGUCCACCCACAGCCUCCUUCGUCUCUGUCUGUUGAGCCCUCUUCCUCUUCAUCCUUGACGGCUGAACUGCCACCCAACGCCCAGUCUUCUUCCCCCUCUUCUUCCUGUUCAUCUUCCUCUUCUUCUUUUGACUCUUCUUCUUCCUCUGUUUCUUGCUUGUGUUCCCUCUGUGCUUCCUCUGUUUCACCUCGCUGUUCUAGUUUCUCCGCCUCUUCUUCCGUUGCCCCUUGCGUUGCUUCUCCUCCGAUCUGUCUGUCGCGCUAUCAGUCUGAGUUUCUGCAUCUCUCGCGUGCAUGCAGUUCCCUGAGUCGUCUCUUUGUGGCUCUGGAAACUGAGGCUAGCUCCUUCGUUUUCUGCCAGUCUCGUUCGCCUGUCCCUCUGUCUCCGUUUCGACCUCUGGCGCGCGAGCGGUCCCCAAGCGCCGGCGCUGUUUGUCCAGCCUCAUCACCUUGUUUUUCCUCAGCCUCCUCGUCUCCCGAAGAAAGGCGAGGAGCUGACGACGAGAAGACAUUUUGCUCGAAUAUUGAACGAGACAUCCCCGCGCUCGUAGGUUGGCGCGACGUUCAGAAAAAAGUACACAAUCCAGAAGUCUCUCUUCCUUCUCCUUCUCUUGUUGUUUCUUCUUCACCCGCAAGUCCUGCUUCUCUGGCUACUCCUGCCUCUCUCUGUCUCCCUGAUUUUCCAUCUACUGUCUCUUUUCCUUCUUCUUCUCCGGCGUCAGCUUCACCCUCUUCUCCUCCUUUAUCCGAUCUCACACACAUCUCUUCUUCUGCUUCUCCGCCCUCGAGUUCUCUGCGGUCUCCUCUACCUCCUCUUGUUUCUCUCUCUUCUCCUUCGGCUGUGGCUUCUGCUCCCCUCGCCACGGACGCCUCGGAGAGUUGGGCGGUUCCGUCGGUUCUCUUCGCGGCAGCGGGGACCGCUGAAGAGACAGCAAAGGAGACAGGGAGACAGGCUUCCAGCACGGCCCUUGCUGGGGGUGUCUUGACAGCUCUUGAGACGCUUGCGAGGGCGAUUUCUGUCAUUCUUCGCGACGAAGAGAGAAGACCGCCAGGCCUGCCUGUACCUCCCCGCUUCUACGAGAGUCUCCCUUUCGCUCUCACCAAUGUGCUGGAGGUCGCCGUGGAUUUUCGGGUGUGUUUGAAUGGGACGAGGUCCCGGCGGAAACGAAACAGUUCGACUGUACGUACACUCGCCGAUGGGGUCCACCGGCUCCGCGAGAAGCCGAGGCUCAGAGAGGCUCUCGAAGGCGACAAAGAGACAACACACAGCCGUUCUGGAGGCGAAAGUGGAGACCGAGGCGAGGAGGCCGCCGAACAGCGCAGUCGACAGGCUGUCGAGACAGCCGGAAGUGAGGGUGAAGGACCAGAAGGUUUGAGAGCGACAAACGGGGAGGGGGGGGAGGUGGAGAGGCGGCGAGAUCAAAGUCCAUCGAGGGGCGAGAAGCAGAGACAGCUGACGCCGUGUGGGGACUUGACACAGGGCGGCGACAGGGAGGAAACAGAAGAAGGGAAGCUGAAACGAAUGGAAAAUAUCGCGACACAAAUCACCAACGAUGUCAGCGUCUUUGUAACUGCCCUUUUAAAUGAGGAAACGGCCGCUGUUUUAAGACAGCGAUCAGAAGCGAGGAUGCAGUCGCCAUCUUGCUGUCAGAGAUCAGAUCACCGAGAGCACACACGCAGUUGGGUCUCUCCUGUUUGUUCCUCUUCGACUACGUGCCUCUCUCCUUCAUCUCCUCGUCUGCCUUCUCUUUCUCCUCCCUCUUCUCCUUCAUCUCCUCGUCUGCCUUUUCUUUCUCCUCCCUCUUCUCCUUUGUCUCCUCUUUCUGCGGCGCGUCCGAGAGUUCCUUGGACUCGCGAGCGCCUUCGUUUUCUCCUGUUUCGACUCGCUUCGACAGAGUGUUCGGUCCCCGCCUCGCUCUGUGUGGCGUUCUGCCGGUGGAUGCUGUUUGUCUGUCCAGGCGCCUCGCGGCUCCUGGCGGCUCCCUUUCGAGGAUUGCUUUCUCGACAAGUUGAGGACGAAGACGCCCGAGGAAGGCGCGAACCGUCAGGACGCGGCGUCGCGGCGGGAGGCGAUCGGCGAGAAGGUUCGUCGCCUCAGGCGUCGCCGAUUUCACACCAGCGUGGGGUCGACUCGAGCGACCCCGCAGAGGCUUUGGGCCUUUCGGGUGAUGAGACGCGCGAACGAGGAGACAGCGAGCGAAGAGGCGAGGCGACUUCGAGGUGCGUCGCUGGUGCCGCUUGGGAGCACGGCGUCGCGAAAGAAGCCGCAGAGACAAGACGCGCGGAAGACGCAAAGGAUCAGCUGCUUCUCGAUGUACUCGAAGAAGAACAUCGACUCCUUUCUGGAGGUCUCAGAGAGAUCUUGGUGUCCGAGGACUGGGCGCGGGCUCUCUACUCCCUUGCGAUUCUAUUCCCGCAGACAUCCCUGCCUUUUCGCCAACUUUACCUGGCUGCUUGCAUCUUGCCAUGCUCGAGCGUCGAGGGAGAUGGAGGACAGACUCCCUUAAUGCCGACCUUGAAACCAGAUGAAAAACCAGACGCUUCUUCACAACGACCAACGGAGAUGCUCACUUCUUCUCCACAAGCAUUUGCUCCCAAGUCAACUUCUCCUUUUCUCCCUUCCCCUUCCUCCUCUUCUGCUUCUUCUGCUUCACCUUCUUUCUCUUCUUCGUUGUCUGCACCGGCGGCUUCCACUGUGUUGUCGGAUGUCGUUGCCUUCAGCGCGUUCUGUCAGAUCUGUCGGUUGCUUGUGCUUUCCACCUCAUCCCCAUUUUCCCCCCAAGUCUCUUCUCUCUCUAGGGUGCCCUGGAAGCGAAGCGAUGCAUGCGCCGCGCUAGGUUGGCCCGACGACGUGGUGUCUCCGUCGUUCUGUUUGGAAAAUCCAGUCCCGUUCUUUCGCUCUCAGCUGCUUCGCCCGCUGGUUCGAGAAACGCUCGAGGAUUUCCUCGUCAGUCCUCGCUGCUCGGUGUCCAUCCCCUCCUCUUCUCGGCCUUCACCUGCGCCUCUUUCCUCUCCGUCACUGUCUCCCCUUCCUCAUGCGUCUCCCUUUUCGCCUCCGCGUUCUUCUCCUUCGUCUUCUCGUUCUGCUCCUUCGUCCUCUCCGCUCUCGGAGUCCUGGGGGGCGGGCGUCUCUCCACUGGGCCAUGAGGAGACAGACGAAGCGACGAGGCGAGAGCCGCUUCGGCUUCUCUUCCGGGCGGUUGGCGCCUCGCUGGCGAGACGCCUCGAGAGGGAAACGGAUAGACAACUUCACUGUCUGCAUGCACACCGUGGGAGGCGCUUUGAGUGGGGAGGGAAUCCGAAAGAAGAGAGAGAGGGCGAACAGAGACAGAAGAAAUCGCGGUACGUUUUCUGCGUCGCCGAUGACGCCGACACAACGAGACUCCUCGACUCCACGCUUCGUGGAGGCAUGCUGUCCCCUUGUUCUCUUUCUUCUCUCUCUUUUGCAUCUCCUCGGUCUUCGGCUUGUCCACCUUCUUCUCCUGGAGACGCAGACGGUGAAACCCGGAGGAGCGGAGGGUCUUGGAUCGGACAGUCGGGAGACGACGACCCAGACUGUCUUCUCUUUCCUAGUGCAGUCGCGAGUCUGUCUGCAACGCAGAACAUCUCCGAGCCGCUCUACGAAAAGAUUCUGACCUUGGCGUUCUCCACUGGGGAAGACUACUGGCGGAGGCGCGAGAAGGGCGAGUUGAACCGAAGUGAAGCCCAGAGGACGACGGCUCGCCACUUGCGUAUGCCGCGUCCUCUGCCGCCUGCGCGAAUCCAUCCUCCCUCUCCACAGGCCGCGUAUGCGUCUUCAAUCUACUGUCGAAAAGAAAGGACUCUAGGGACAGUUCGUUCUUUCACUUCGGCCUCUUCUCCGCGUCCCUGUGCUUCUUCGCCUGCACGAGGAACGCCCUCCGUCGCUUCUGCAUUUCCUUCUCCUCAUCCCUCGCCCUCUGCUCUCGGACGCCUGGAGACGCCGUUCGCGGAGGCCGCAGGCGAAGGGCAGAGACACACCGCGUCUCCGGAGAAGCGCGAACUUUCUGGGUCGACUUUUGAAAAAGAGCGAAGCCUCUUUUCGUUCUUUUUGCCGGCAGAAACCUUGCAAACCGAAGCGGAAGAGGCGCCUCUGCCGAGGCUCGAAAGAGACGCAGAACCGCACGCACUGGAGCCCUCUACUCAGACGCUACAGGAGCCUCCGGGGCCUCUCAGAGAGAAGGAGAGAGAAGCAAAACGAGGACGCGACAAGCCAGCAGAGACGGAGCAAGCGUCCGGGAAAGACGCACCAGUCCCGAAGACCAGAGAGUGUGAAAAGCCAGAGGAAAACGCAAAGGAUACGAACGCUGAGCAGCGAGAGGAAACGGGCAAGAUUGGUGGACUUCUAAGGUAUCAGAAUGAUCGACGACGGAGCCCAUGGAGUGGAGACAAAGACGAGAAGCGACAAGGACUGGCGGCCUCUCGACGCUGGCUCGACAACGUGAAGGAAGGCGAGAAGAACCGCUACUCCAAGGACCUGCCGCAUGUCGUCUGGCAGUCCAAACAUCUAAUGGUUUUGUACAAACCGCCCUUCUGGCGGGUGAAUCUGGAGCGCAGCGAAAAACCGGAAACUGUGAGAGAGAGAAUUGCUCUCUCGGCGCCUUCGGUCGCAGCGUCUCUGCCUGAGUCGCCUCUGCAGUUCUCGCCUUCUCUGCGGAAGCGAACUCUGGAGAUUCUUGCCAGAGGCGGUCUGUCAGAGCCGCUGCAUGCGUACAUGCAGAUCGCGCUGGGCAGGACGCAAGACGCCCAUGGCGAGUGGACAGGCGAGGGCGGUGAGAGUGAAAGAGGUGAAUUCGCAGGCCUGCUAGGAGGCUGCGGUCCUUUGGCGGUCACGCAGCGAGAGAGAGAACAUCGAAAAAGAGAAGAAGAAAGGCUCACGCUUCUCUUUGACGCAAGUCACCAGUUCGGUAUCGGCCAUCGCCUCGACACCCCCACGAGCGGCCCUCUUCUGGUCGCGAAGUCGUACGCGGGAUUGGCUUUUCUCCGCGCACAACUCGCCUCCUGGCGGCCGAAGAAAGUCUACCUCGCCCUCGUCUUCGGCGCUGUCCCUCUGCGAGAGAAAGUUCGCCUUGUUCAUCCGCUUCGACCCACAUUUGAGGCAGGAAAAACAGGAAAAAAAGAGAUGGAAGUCGCAAACACAGUCGACGCCAAGAUUGCACUGUCUUUCUUGAGCGGCAUCACGCACUAUUCCUACGGCGGACGAGACUUCACCCUCUGUCGCGUAGAGCCUGUGACGGGACGAACCCACCAAAUUCGCGCCCAACUCGCCCACAUCGGCCAUCCCAUCGUCGCAGAUCCAAUCUACGUCAACGAUCCGGCGGACCGAGCUUUGGGGCGCAGCCUUUCCGAUCGAGUUUUCCUCCACUGCGUUUCUCUCUCCUUUUUGAAUAUUCUGGAAAACGAGAACCGUACAGGAACGAGUGACUUCAGUCCCGAAGACCAGUUCGACGAAGAGAGAACAGGAAACAGGAAAGAGCGUCCGCCUCUGCAGGCAGAUCCCAGCGAAAGACCCCCGACUGCAAUCCCCGCAUCUCGUUUCUCUUUCCGACAAGUGACAGUAGAGACACCACUCCACGCCGACCUGCGACGCACCCUCCGUUCUCUCAAGAAGACAUCUCGCUGA